AUGGAGAAUUAUAUAAUUUACGAGGAAAUCGGCAAAGGCGAGGCGACGACAGUCUACAAGGGUCGAAGAAAAGAAACGAUCAAUUUUGUCGCUGUCUUGUCAAUUCAAAAAUCUCGAAGGGCAGCGGUCACAAACUGGGUCAGAAUCGCACAUCAAAUAUCCGACGAGUAUGUCGUCCAGUUUCACGAGUGGUACGAAACCACAAAUCAUCUCUGGCUAGUUCUCGAGCUAUGCACUGGUGGAUCGCUUCAAGACAUUCUCGAUCAGGACGAAAGGCUACCGUUGUCCGAAAUCAAGAAAAUGGCACUUGACAUUUGCCGUGGCGUUCAUCAGCUUCAUAAAAACGACAUUUGCGUUGGCGAUCUUUCUCCAAGUCGACUUCUUCUGGACGGACCAGGAGUUGUCAAGCUCAAUAAUCUUUCCUGCGCUCAUUUUGAAAGCGAAGAAAUCGAGGCAAUUUACCAAAGCGUUGUUGAUGAAAUCACUCAGGGAAUUGAAGCAGAUUCUCUCGAUGAAGGAGGUGACAGCGCUUUUACCAAUCCUAUCCGUAACAUCGCUCAUCACUCGCCCCAAGCUCUCGUUGGUCACGUGACAUUGCCAGCAGACAUUUGGAGCUUGGGCUCGAUUCUGUAUAGAAUGUUUGCUGGGCAACUGAUGUACCAGGGCGAAGAAAUAGACGAUGUUCUCAUGCAAAUAAAAAAAGAAUCACCAAAAUCGAAAAUCGAUGCUUUGAAAAAUCUUGACGAAAACGCGAAGCCCGAAGAAUUCGAAAACUUCAAACAUCUUCUUUUAUCACUUCUUCAAUAUGAUAUCGAGAAACGACCGACGAUCGAAACGGUCCUUGAUCAUCCGUUUUGGGGAAAAAAAGUUGCCAAAAAAGAAAACGAAAAUUCGUUGUCUUCAACAAGUAAAUCCGACUUCGGUACGCCGAAGGGAUCGAAAAAUCCUCAAGAAACCGCGAAGAGAGAUGAAACUGAUGCUGAAAAGACAUUGACUCAAAGCAUGAUGGACAGAAGCAUCGAUAUUCAGCCAGAAAACAGUCUAAGGAGACAGAAAACAGAGUUACUAAAGAGUGUCAAUUCUAGGAGAGCUUCAAAGUCCCUCGUAUCUGCGUCGGUUGUGGACAUGGGAAUACAAGAAUCAGCUACUGUUCCUACCCAGUCGCUUACAAGAAUUUCCGCGAUGUCAUCCCAGAAUCUCGAUGAAACAGAAAUCUCAAUCAUGGAAAAUAUGCCGGCGAAAAAGAGAACCCUAAGCGCAGGCCAGCCCCUGAACAAGUCCGUCUUUAACAUGAAUGAAAAACCUUCUCUUUCUGAGAUGAUGAUUCAUAAAUCAGAAAACCCAGAUCCCGAAUCGUUCUUGAACAAGCAGCGCAAAACGAACUCUGCAACAGCUGAUACGAAAUAUUUACCAGAGGAUAUCUCGAAGCUCGAUUUGGAAGAAGUUUCCGAAGAAAAACAAUGGAAGAGCAUCUUUUCUUUGAUCAAUAACACGGUUCAAGAAUCCUCGGCAAAAGUUCUCAUCGCAACUCUGAAUUGGUUGUCCAACGAACUUCCGAAAUCGACAGAAUUCUCUCGUCGAUUUUGGCUUGAAGCUCAACUAAUCAGCACUUUCUCCAAAAAUAUCAGACAAUCAAAUGAGCACAGAGGUCGAUUUGCAAGAGUAUUUGCAGUAGCUGCGAUUUCAGCUGAGAGUCGACUAGAUUUUGAAGAUUCCACAACAGAAAAGAACUUCAAAGAUGCGCUUUUAUCUCUUGCUGAUUCCUUGAGAGAGCAGUUUUCGAGAAAUGGCAAGCAAAAAUUGCAGCUUCUUUCACCUCUCGGACAGAUGCUUCUGAUAACCGCAAAAAUCGAAAGUAUUGAACGUCCGAAUUCAGAAACAGCUACAGCUCCAGUUCUUUGCCCACCACCUUGUUAUUCCUUGGUCACUCGUUGCUUGAGCGUUGGGGAAGAGAGCCAGGUUCAAUCCGCUGCAGCACAAAUAAUCGAAAAUCAUGUAUUCUUGAGCCCACGCUCACGGUUUUGCCACUCUGGGACUGAAGCUGGUCUUCAACUGUGGUCAAUGGCUACCCGUUCAUCUUCGGAUACAAUAAAGAGUUUCGGAUUCAGUGCCCUUGCUCAAGUUUGUUCGAGAACGCCGCUUCAAGCGAACUCAAUUCUUGAAAAAAUCGGCCUUCCAAAGUUCUUCGACACCUUGUAUGCAGCGCCUCAGAAGUGCCAGUCGCUCAUGAUGACGAUUAUCGGCGUCGUCUUUCUCCCAAAUCCGAGGGCGAGUUCACGAGCCAUGGCGAAUCGAGUCUGUCAGCAUCGUGACAUUCACAGCAAGUUGAUCCGACUUGCUGACAGUCCUUCCUGGCUUGUAAGAGCGAAAGCGUUUCUCUGCAUGUCUUUGAUGCUCCAAAAUCAGCCAGAAAAUCUGCAGAACAUGUGCAAAAUGAAACUAGUUGCUGUGGUUGAGCGCGAAGCAAAACGAAUCGGAGGAAUCGACGCGGAAGAAAAGACAUUCUCUCAUUUCUGCCUUGCCAAUCUGAUCGAACAAGCCAAUGCGCUGAUCCCUGUUAUCGUCUCCUACUGCACUGAAGCUCUGGAAGAUGCUGCUGCUCGAAAACACCCAUCAACGGGGCAGUUAAAAUCGCUCCGAGAAAAACUACCAGGACUUUCUGUUCUACCGCAUUUGAUGUCGUCCAGCGUUUUCAGACCUUCUUUGAUAAGAGAAGAAUUUUUGGAUAAUAUUUGCCGUUUGGCGACUCUCUGCUCGGGCGAUAAUCGCAUAGAAAACUCGCUUGGGGAUGAUAUCUGGAAGCCUCUUCUGGAUUCGAUCAUUUCCGUAUUCGAAGUGACUUGCGCUCGACCUGAAUUGUUGUCUUCAAAUCAUUCCAUCAUUCAAGCCGCGAUUCCCAUGCUGAUAAUGAUGAUACUUACAGAAGACAACUCCAAAAUGCUCUACAUGAAACUAUUAUCGGAAAUUUUGGCCAUUCGAGCUGAUCUAAUCGAUCAUGGAGAAAAUGAAGGCGAAAUUGACAUCAGUUAUGAAAAGUUGGAAAAACUUGUUGAUAGCUUUCCCCAAUUUUUGCUUUCUGACACUCCUUUGCCUCUUCUGACACUAAAAUCGCUUCACCACCUGGCAAUAAUCUCUCCAAACGAAUUCGUUAAAAUCCUACCACGGUCUGGAGUGUUGGAAGUACUCGUCACUCUGACGGAAAUUCAAAUGACAGAGAAAGCCGAGCAAUCCUUGCAAAAAGCACUCAUGUCGAUUCUCACACAGAUCUGGAAUUUUCAUUCGGAAGCAAUUGUAAGAACAUUAUUGGAUAAUGAUAUCCUCGAGCAUACAAUCAAGUUCGUCACUUCCGUCGAGGAUUUCGAUUACGAUUUGCUUCUUGAGAUCUUUAGGACGUGUCGAGCGAUGGUCCAGGCUGUGUCCGAAUUCGUAAAAGUGGCAUUGAAAGCGAAAAAUCAAAAUGCCCCAGCUCAAGUCUUACGAUCGACAGGAAAAAUGGCUGACUUCCUUCUUCACCGCUGUGCCACACUUGAAGGCCUUAUUCCCUUUAUUCUUCAAAAUUUUGAGUUCCCACCUGUUGCCUCUUCAAUAGAAACAGUAAAAGAUGAUAGAGAAAAAUCUUCAGAACUAGUCAGUCUAGCUUGCUCAACAGUCUCACUCACUGUUCACAUGUGGGGCGCAGAGAGCUGCCAAAACCUUUACAAUAAAGAGAAUCUCGACCAGCUGGUGAUUUUGCUCGAAGUUGGAAACACGAGAAAUCAAAGACUGGUUCUCAAGCUUCUCCGGAAGUCAAUUCAAAAUAAAUCUGCCCAGGCGAAAAUCGCUGCACAUUCGAAAACUGUCUCCCAAAUAAAAACUCUAUCUGCCUCAUCCACUCAAGAUAUUCAACUACUGGCUAGCGAGAUAUUACACACCCUUCUUUAG